GCCAUAUUGGUGUGUUGUAUCGUUCGCUCAGUGAUUUCGAAGUGAAAUAAGGUAUUUCUCGCACUUUAAUCACGUUGUCUCUACGUGUACGAGUAAUUUAAAACCAGAGGCUUUUUUGGUGCAACUUCUUGACUCGUUUGCAGAAUUUGCAUCAUGACGGAUUCCAUGAAGUUUGGUCCAGAGUGGUUGCGCAACCUGGCAGGAGACAAUUGCAGUGCCGGAGGGGGUGGUGGUGGCUCAACGAGUCUAACUGCUCCUCGGUAUCAACUGGCGGAGCAUAGAUACGGUCGAGAAGAAAUGUUAGCUCUUUUCGACCGUAAUUUUAAACCUCCUGAAACAUUGUCAAGUUUCGGAACAAUAUUCAUCGACAAAGCCCAACUACCACUGGCUUUAACUCAAAUGACAGAAGAUGAAUCGCGGAUGUGGAAUGUCGGAGUAACAAGUGCGACAGGCCGUGGAAGAGGAGGCAGUGUUGAUCGUGGGGGACGAGGUAGAACCGGUAGAGGUGGCCUGUAUACUUCUCCUUACUCACGUGCAGUCGGUUUUGAUGAACCAGGGGAUGGUACCAGAAUCGACACACAGCCUUUCCCCGGAAGAGGCAGACCGUUUGAUAGAUCACAAAGUGAACGCGGCUGGUCCGAAAGAAAUGGGAUUCCGGAACCAGGGGAGUGGAACGGGUCCACUAGUCCACGGAAGGAGUUAACUCGUGGGCCUAGUGGAGGUUCUCUCAUGGAAAGUAAUUGGCGACGUCACCGGGGCGGUGGCGAAGACGACGAGGGUUGGAGGGUGGCUUCCAACAAUCGUGGGGAGAAAUGGGGUGGGAAGAGUAGUUGGCGUGAUGGAACUUUGGACAAGGAUAGAGCUGAGGGUGAAGGGGAGGAGAAUCGUAGCGGAGGACGUUGGGAUCACAGAGGAAAUCACAGGUCUUCUUACGACUCCCAUCAUCCUUCGAGUCGUAGUUCUAGACCUUGGGAUCCUAAUCAUCAUGACAAUCAUGACAACCUACCUGAAUGGGCAACCGAGAACCCAAGCGAGAGUGGAGGAAGUUUCGACGCUUCGGGUGCAUUCCACGGUGGAAUGUAUUCGGACGAGGACGAGGACGGAGGCACCACUGGUGGUGGCUCACAAGAUUCCAGGACCCGGAGUGUGUCAGAGGGAAAUACCACAAAUACUCCAAAACAGAAUACUAAAAGUGCACCCCAUAAUAAUAACGUCAUACCCGGUCAACCAACAGUUCGCCAGCCAUAUACGGCAACAAACUCAGCAAACAAAGAACGACCAAAGUCCUUACAUCCUUUCGAAGAAAAGGACAUUCCCGAGGAUCAGGAAAGAAGAAGUCUUUCUCCUGUGAGAAUAGCACCUACUCCUAAUAAUACUCCAGUAAAAGCUCAUCCACCCACACCAGAAGCUAACAUUCGUCUGGAAAACUUUCCGUCCAGGAAACCACAAGAGGCUCCAGAUGAUAGAGACCGCGAAAGAAAUUCUGGAAGGGAUUCGAAACCCGUGGAAAACAAAAAGAAGGAGAAUAGUGAGGGUAAUUUGAAUAUAGACCCUGCUGUGAUAAGUAUGAGUCGGCACCCUCCACAGAAGCUGCCGGGUUUUCUGACUAUGAAUGUCAAUAUGAAUAUGGCUAACAUAACGGCGAACACUGCGAGGCAGAAAACAGAUGAGGAUCUGGAUAGAAUGAAGGAGGAGGCAGACGCUUUAGUUGCGAAGUUGAUGGCCGAUGAGGGAAGUCAUAGGGGCGAAGUUGUGAAUCUCCUGCCUUCAGAUGCUAAUCCAGGUCCUGGUUUGGAUUCCUCCAGUGUUUUAGAGAAGUGGUUCUAUCGAGAUCCACAGGGAGAAGUUCAGGGUCCGUUUUUGGCGAGUGAAAUGGCUGAAUGGUGGAAACAGGGAUACUUUCAACCGAAUCUACUUGUCAGGAGGACAUGCGACGAGAGGUUUGCAUCACUGGGGGACCUGAUGAGUAUAUGCGGCAGAGUUCCUUUCAAACCUGGACCAGCAAUCCCUCCCCUGAAGUCAAAUGGACCAGUUCAAAACGUUCCCAACACGGUGCCAACUGGAAUACCGGGCAGUGCCUUACCCAAAACAACGAUCGAAGAUCCAAUGUUGUUCCUUCAGUAUCAAAGAAUGCAGUUGAUGCAAAACCAACAAAUGUUUCUCAGGCAAAUGGCGAUUGCGAAGCUCUCUCAGUCAGACCAUUGGCCAUCUUUGAGUCCAGUGGAGCAGAAUCAAUUAAUUCUACAAUAUAUUGGCCAGGAAACUGAAAUUCCGGAGAUGCCGAUGAGCCAUAAUCCGUUCGUCCCGCCUUUAGCGACUCCGGCAACUAAUCCGGUGAUGCAAUUGUUUAAUCAAAUGCAGGCUAAAUCGCAAAUGGAAAACCACAUGGCGCCAGGAGGACAUCCGAAUGCCGCGCAACAUUCAGCACCACUCGGCUUUUUACAACAAAUGAUUCAGGAGAGGAGCGCACGACAAAAUAUGCCGGGAAUGCAACCCCCGCCUAUAAAUUCAGCGCCUCCACCAAUGUCAGAAGACAAUCCUAUAAAGUCUCUGCUGCGGCAACUUAACGUUCAUGCCAAUGGACAUCCACAGGUGCCAGUAGAGUCUGUUUGGCCUCAACCACCACCUCAUAUCACCCCACCGUUUAAUGCACAAAGUUGGCUAGCUCAGGUUGGACCUAUACCUGCAAUGCCCCCUGGGCAGAUACCCAACUCAUUGUGGGAUAUACACGGAAAAGACAUUAAGACUGAACAACAAAUAUUAGAAGAACAGAACCUCAGGUUACAGGAAGACAAAAAGAAAGAGGAGUUGAAAAAGCUAGAAGAGUUAAAAAGACAGGAAGACGAGCUAUUAUUAAAGCGACAACAAGAAGAAUACGAAAAGCAAACAGAGGCAUUGAAACGACACUUAGAAGAAAAGAGAAGAAUCGAAGAAGAGAAAAAGCGUAAGGAAGAAGAGAAACGGAAACAAGAAGAGGAUCUGAAAAAGAAAGAGGAGGAGAAGAGACGCAAGGAGGAGGAGCGAAGGAAAGAAGAGAAGAGAAAGCUAGACGAGGAGCUGAACAAGAAGAAACAAGAAGAAGAAAAGAAAAGAAAGGAAGAGGCCAAGAGGCAGGAAGAGAAAUUAAGAAAGGAGGAGGAAAAACGAAAGAAGCUAGAGGAGGAACAAAAAAGACAAGAAGAGGAAAAGAGGAGGAAGGAAGAGCAAGCUGCCAGAAAAGCUGAAGCUGAGGAACAAGCUCGAAAAGCAGAGCAAAGGCGACGAGAAGAAGAAGCUCUUCGUAAAUUACAGGAACGCAGUAAGGCUCCUUGGGCUCAAGCAACUCAAGCAGCACCUCCAGUGGCUCAGGCUUCUCUUGCAGACAUUCAAAGACUUGAGCGAGAGAAAAAGGCUGAACAGCUUAGGUACCAGCAGAUGCUACAAUUGCAGUUGGCGCAUCAAAAGGCUCAAGAAGCUGCGCAAGAAGCAGUCGCGGCUGAUUCUUCUAAACGUCUACAAUUUAAAUGGGCUGAAAAAACCGCAGGAUCCAAUAAGCAGCCUCAGGUUAAGAGCCUGGCGCAAAUUCAGCAGGAAGAACAGGAGCGCAUCGCGAAGGAAAGAGAGAAGCAGGAAAAAACCAGUCAGAAGGAAUCUGCGGUUGCACUUCAAAAUGCUGGAAUCUGGGGAACUGCCUCGCAGUCGCUGACCUGGGCAAGCUCUGGGAAUGCUGGCAGUCAAGGAUGGGCUGGUGGAAGCAGUGCUGGUGGUUUUUGGGAUGAUCCGUCACCAACAAAGGCCAAUUCCGGGUCCAAACAGGCCAAUAAACAAACCCCGUCAAAAAUGGCUGCCGCGCAGCCUCAACUUCCGCAGGUGAAUAACAAGACUACUAAGAACAAGACCAAGAGGGAGGAGGAACUCGUGAAGAAGCUUUUUGAACAGAACACUGCCAAGCCUGAUGACUUUACGCAAUGGUGCAACAAGGCACUGGCUGGUCUCCAAGUUUCUGUAGAUAUUCCAACGUUCAUUGGCUUUUUGCGGGAUAUCGAGUCGCCGUAUGAAGUUAAGGAAUACGUACGACUCUAUUUGGGCGACGACAGGCUGUGCAUGGACUUCGCUAAACAAUUUUUGGAAAAGCGAAGCAAGUGGCGUUCGUCUCAGAGGCCUCAAGCUCAAGCAGACGAUCUGUGCAAACCAGCUCCUGCCAUAAAUCCAAACGCUGCUACUGAAUUCCAAGAAGUCAAGGGUAAGGCCAAGAAGCCCAAGAAAGGAAAAAUGUUCAAAGUGGACAGCAGGAUUCUCGGCUUCAGUGUGACCUCAGCUCCGGAUCGUAUAAACGUCGGAGAUCGUGACUAUGGUGAAGGAUUUUGAACGCCUACACUCCAUCAUUGUUUGUAACGAGGAAAUGAUGCGUCGCGCGGUUUGACAGUUGAUUACCUAUUUAUUUAUUGUAGCUAACUGAAUUCAAGACUUCUCGUCGGUCACACUCCGCGUAUUACAAAUAAGAUUUUCUGUGAAAAUUGCAAUGGAGAGAUUCGAAUCCGACGAGAAACUUCGAAAUCUGUGUAGGCGCAGCAUUCUUUCCUCUCUGAUAGGAACCCGUAUGCCUGCGAAAGGUAAUGUCCGUGAUGUCCAAAAGACAAGAACGCGUUGAAUUCCCAUUGCCAUAAUUGUUGUCUCGUUCUCCAAACGUUUUCUUCCUUACUUGAGCUGACGUCAGAGAUUUAAAUCUCGGCAUAAUAUGCCUUCAAAGACACAGCAGUGUUUAAAUGUUCUUCAGUUUUGGUAGAAAUUCCUUUCUCCGUUACCAAGGAAUUUAUCGUUAACAUAUCCAGCGUAUUUUAGUUUCCUCAUUUCUUCAGCGACUGAAUAUUUUGUUACACCUUUCAUCAUCUCUCAUUUUAUAUACUUUACAUUUAAAAACUUGAAGCAUGAGGUCGAGUAGAGAUGAAAACUAAUCAUAAACUCCGUCUAGAGUUAAACAGUAUUUUAAAAAUGAAGAUUUCGAUCAUUGCUGUUGAUCUUUGGCACGCAAGCAUUUUUUCUAAACGAUCGAUUGAAAUCUUCAUUCUCGAUCCAUUCUUCAGUUUGGGCAUAUUACUUGUGCCAUGUUUCAUUAAAUCGACAACGCCGAAUUAACAGUUUAAAAAUCAUUGUUCGAUCAGUUAGAUGCAUUGUGGUCGCACGUUGCAUAAUAUGAAAUAAUCGUUAUAACUGAACCACAUGCACCUAACGAAAGAAUGUAUCUUACAAAUAAUUUGUAGAUCAGUACAAGAAUCCUGUGCUUGCUGUAUCUAGUUUUUUUUAUUAUUUAUUUAGAAAGAAACCUUCUUAUUCAGAGCUUCUUUUCAGAUUUGAUAACAUAAAGGGCUAAUCAUUUUUAACGAAUUCUCGAAUGCCGCAAAAUUUCUACUAUGAAAAAAGUGAAUCAAGACUAUCUGUUGAAAAACGUAUACAUGAUUUUUAUUGAUUCAAUUAUUUGUCAAGUGAACUCUUGAGACUCGUGAAAUUUUAUUAUUUCAUAUUGUCUUGCGUUUAACUUUUACGAGUCUUUUUCAGUCUGGAUAUAAUUCAAAAUUAUUACCAAGCGACAAGAAUAAAUCAGGAAACAAAAAUAUAAUUUAAGCAGUAGAAGGUUUGGACACUCAAAGAAGAUUCGAACGAAAUGACUCAAAUUAUUGACAACUGAUAUUUUGAAUUAUUUAGAAAACGCGCUCUUGUAUAUUUGGCUGAUAUUACUACGCAGGUAAAUAGAUAAGUAAGGCCAAUUCUAAUUCUAGACUUAUAUCUUACCAGUAUUGAGACCAUUCCACCGCUUGAGUGGUUUAUGUCCGUUCUAAAUUUCUAGAAUAUUUUUGAUAAAAUUAAAUUAUAAUACGCAGUUGACAAUGUAAGGUCAAAUCAAAACUCAAUCUUUGGAAACGUUAACGUGAUGUGAAUCAUGGAAAUGAUAAAUAACCUUGAAGUUUUUCACGAAAAAAUCGCUUCCCACGACUGCGCAGUAUAAUUUAAUGACUGUCAUCAAGAAGAUUCUAGAAACUUAGCGUACCACAGACACGAACCGCUUGAGCUACGAAAUGGUCUCGAUGCCGGUGAGAAAGAAAUAUAGGAUUAGAACCGGCCUUAUUCAUCUACUUAAGUAAACUCGAUAAGACCCAUGGACUGGAAAAUGUUCCGUCAGAUCUGAUCAUUCAUAAUAUUGUAAAGGUUGUUAACUAAGGGACAUUGGACUUCCACUGAAUUUAUCGUCUUCAUUCGUAUUCCGGAGAAGAACUAUGUCCCUUAACUGAAAGAUUUAUGUAUAAAUAGAGAAAAUGUACAUUAAUACAGUGAUGAUUAAACAAACAGAAUAAUGAUUGAUAUUGUAUCAAUAUUAUUAUUAUUGUAUCUAACGUACAACUUGGUAAAAUAAAUCUUAUUAUAUUUUCAA